CCCAAAAUGGAAGUCACUGCUACUAAAAGAAGAAAAGCUGAGUAUCAUCAGGGUUAACAACUACUAUGUGAGAUCCAUGAAUGAUUACAGAGUUACUGUUCUAUAUCGAACUUCCAAGCCUCAUUAAUAAUAUGCUGCCUCUCCGGGACGUAGGUGUGCCCACAGUACAAAGGCUAUUCAUUCAUCACGUGGAAUAGAAGAGCUGGAGAAACAAUGGCUUCAAAGGUCUCAUGCUUAUACAUUCUGACAGUAGUUUGUUGGGCAAGUGCUCUUUGGUACUUAAGUAUAACUCGUCCUACUUCUUCCUACACUGGCCAUAGACAGAUCAGUAGCAUAUCUAUAGCCAGAAAAAAUGUUUCCUUUGGCAACAUAAGAACUCGACCUAUAAAUCCACAUUCUUUCGACUUUCUUAUCAACGAACCCAACAAAUGUGAGAAGAGCGUCCCUUUCUUAGUCAUUCUUAUCAGCACGACUCACAAAGAGUUUGAUGCGAGGCAAGCCAUUCGAGAAACAUGGGGAGAUGAAAACAACUUUAAAGGAAUUAAAAUCGCCACACUUUUUCUCCUUGGAAAAAAUGCAGAUCCUGUGUUAAAUCAAAUGGUAGAGCAAGAAAGCCAGAUAUUCCAUGACAUUAUUGUGGAGGAUUUUAUUGACUCUUAUCAUAACCUCACUCUGAAAACACUGAUGGGGAUGAGGUGGGUAGCAACAUUUUGUUCAAAAGCAAAGUAUGUUAUGAAGACAGAUAGUGAUAUUUUUGUAAAUAUGGAUAAUCUUAUUUAUAAGCUGCUCAAACCUAAUACCAAGCCAAGGAGAAGGUACUUCACUGGUUAUGUUAUAAAUGGAGGACCAAUAAGAGAUGUUCGCAGCAAGUGGUACAUGCCAAGAGAUUUGUAUCCUGACAGCAAUUACCCACCCUUCUGUUCAGGCACCGGCUACAUUUUUUCAGCUGAUGUAGCAGAACUGAUUUACAAAACCUCCCUUCAUACCAGACUUCUUCAUCUUGAAGAUGUAUAUGUUGGACUCUGUCUUCGGAAGUUGGGCAUUCACCCCUUCCAAAACAGUGGCUUUAAUCACUGGAAAAUGGCCUACAGCUUGUGCAGGUAUCGCAGAGUUAUCACUGUGCACCAGAUAACACCAGAAGAAAUGCACAGAAUUUGGAAUGACAUGUCCAGCAAGAAACAUCUCAGAUGUUAAGAUUUUUACUGAUGUAAAUACCUUUUUUUUUUUAAAAAAAAAAAAAGGUCAUUUAAUCUGGUUAUUUUUUGACAAAGCAAUCUGAUGAUUUACAGGUUAAACUGUGGGAUGCUAACUAUCGAGGAUUUUUAAUUACUGACUUCUCAUUUUGACUACUGGUUUACAAACUUUAGGCUCUUUUCAUACGGACAUUACACCAACCUAAAGGAUCUAGAGUCAAAUCAUAGAUUUUUUUAUAUUAUCCCCAUCACAUACAUCAGUUCCCACAUCUGUAUGUAAAAGGACAAUAAUGAACUACUAUGAGCUGCUUAACAGUUUAUGCCCCAGCUACUGAGAUAAGACUCAGGCCCUAAGAAAGGAAGAACUACAAACACACUUCUCUUUCUAUUUUGACACUUAAACCAUUUC